UCGACGGCGCGUGAGCAGGUGACUUAAGGCAGAUAUGAGGAUCUAGUUUUUGCCCUCCGUGUGCUUCUGGUCUGAUCUGUGAGCAUGGAGCGGUCAGCUGCUGUCUGGCUCCUCUGUUUGCUGCUCCUGACCGCGCGCAGCUGCUCUCAGGCCCGGGUUAUAAAGUCAUACUUUCGGGUUGGAGGCGCUCUGGCUCUGCAGCCUGUCCCGGUCCCUGAACGCAUCACCAGCGUGGCGUGGAAACACAGCGAUAAGCCGCUGGCUGAGUGGGUGGAUGGAGAGACCGAGCCGGGAUAUUACGGACGGUUCAGGGGCCGCUCAGACCUCAGCACGAACACAGGGGUGCUGGAAGUCCGCAGCAUGACUGCAGAGGACGGUGGAGUGUUUUCAGUGGAGAUCAACAGCAAGCCCCAGAGGCAGGUUUACAGUGUUUCUGAGAUGGAUGAGGUGCCCCAGCCUCAUGCGUUUGUGACACCUCUGGCCUGCAGUCAGGCUAUGACUCGGUGCCUUCUGCACUGCUACGGACACGCUGAAGAUCCCGAGAACAUCACCUACUUCUGGAAGAUGGGAGAUGGAGAGUGGGAGGAAUCAGAAAAGAAGAUAGAGAUCCUCAAUAUUUAUGAACUACAUCCUGUGAGAACGUUCUCCUGCAGGAUGAAGAACCCGGUGGGCGAGAAAGACAGCGAGCCCAUCGGUAACCCGUUUUACAGAGAGAAAAAAACACCUGACUCUGGCUGGACAGGUGGGGGGGUUUUUGUGGGUGGAGCUUUCGGAGCUGCUGUCCUGGUUUCUGUGGCUCUGCUUGCUUUUUAUAUGCGAGAAUUUAUCAGGAAGAGCAUUAAGAAGCUUGAAGGCUUCAGGGAUAUCGGUCCCACUAACCUGUAA